UUCAUUAGCUACGUACUUCUUUCAAAUUUAUACAUUCUAAAUGUCUUCAAUCGAUUAUUCUAUCUAAUUGGCAGCUCGGAAUGGCCAGCGGCUUGGACACUCUUUGCGGCCAAGCAUACGGAGCACGACAGUACCAAAUGGUUGGAAUCCACACAAACAGUGCAAUCCUCUCACUCAUACUAGUAACCCUCCCCAUUUCUCUUCUUUGGGUUUCAAUGGGGAAGCUACUUUCCCUCAUCGGCCAGGACCCCCAAAUAUCCCAUGAAGCUGGCAAAUAUAUUGUAUGGAUGAUCCCUGGCCUCUUCGCCUUCGCCAUUACUCAACCUCUGAUGAAGUUUCUUCAAUCUCAGAGCUUGAUUCUUCCCAUGCUUUUGAGCUCGCUUGCAGCCAUUUGCGUCCACAUUCCUUUGUGUUGGGCAAUGGUGUUCAAAACCGGAUUGGGCAAUAUCGGAGCAGCGCUUUCUAUUAGCAUUUCGUAUUGGAUCAAUGUACUGAUUCUUGUAUUGUAUAUUAAGUACUCAGAUUCUUGCAGAGAAGCUCGUGUGCCGCCAUCAAUGGCGGAUUUCAAGGGCAUCAACGAGUUCUUGAAACUGGCAAUUCCGUCUGCAGUAAUGAUAUGUCUUGAAUGGUGGUCAUUCGAGCUGCUUGUCUUGCUCUCAGGUUUCCUGCCAAAUCCAAGGCUUGAAACGUCGGUCCUUUCUAUUUGUCUUACAAGCAUUGCAAUGCUCUACAACAUACCAUAUGGCCUUGGCUGUGCUGCAAGUACACGCAUAUCAAAUGAACUAGGAGCUGGGAAUCCAGAAGGAGCUCAUUUGGCUUUUCGUGUGGUGAUAUCGAUCACAAUUAUGGAGGCACUGGUGGUGAGUGUAACAAUAUUCGGCCUCCGUCGAGUCAUUGGUUAUGCCUACAGUAAUGAGGAUGAAGUUAUCGAUUAUGUCAGGGAGAUGGUUCCUCUUGUUUCCAUCUCAGUUAUCACCGAUAGCUGCCAAGGAGUGUUGUCUGGUGUUGCUCGUGGAUGCGGCUGGCAACACAUAGGAGCUUAUAUUAACCUUGCAGCUUUCUAUCUCGCUGGGAUCCCAAUUGCGGUUGUGUUAGCUUUUCUCCUCCAUAUUGGUGGUAAGGGCCUAUGGAUUGGUAUAUUAUCUGGUGCUGUGAUUCAAUCAUCUCUUCUUGGGGUAGUAGCAAUUUUUACUAAUUGGCAAAAACAGGCAGUAUUGGCGAGAAAGAGAACAUUAGAAGAGAGAUCUUUAUUACAAAGUGAUUUGAAAUGAAUUUAAGUUUUGUUUGAGGCGAUUUUUUUUUUACUAUUUCAUAAAGCAGCUUUGUAGUAGAAAAAUUUUUAAUUCGAAAAGAAAAUUAUACAAAAAAACUGCUUUAGAAAGCUAUAAAAAAAUUGUCCCAAGCUAAGCCUUAGUUUUUGAGAAUUUUGAUUGAAUCAUUAUCUUUUUCACUCACUUGUCAGCAUAGGAAAUGUUUGGUUGAAAAAAUUCAUCUGCACUUAGAAUAA